AGUCUAUGUAUUGAGCGCGCGCGGACCCGCGCCGGGGCGCGGGUAGGGGACGUCGCGGCCGCCUUCAUGACGGAGGGCACGUGUCUGCGUCGUAGAGGGGGCCCCUAUCGCACCGAGCCCGCCACCGACCUCAGCCGCUGGCGCCUCCGAAAUGAGAGGGGAAGGCAGACGUGGACGUAUUUCCAGGAGGGGGAGGAUCCUGGCCGUGGGCAGACCCGGCUGGAGGCGCACUCGCUGGGACUGGACCCGACCGGUUACUUUAAGGACUUGCCCAAAGCCUGCACAGCCCACGAAGGGGCUCUGAAUGGGAUGACAUUUUAUGUGGGGCUGCAGGCUGAGGAUGGGCACUGGGCAGGUGAUUAUGGCGGCCCACUCUUCCUCCUGCCAGGUCUCUUGAUCACAUGCUAUGUGGCGCAAAUCCAUCUGCCAGCCGGAUAUAAAGAAGAGAUAGUGCGGUACCUGCGGUCAGUGCAGCUCCCUGAUGGCGGCUGGGGCCUGCACAUGGAGGACAAGUCCACAGUGUUUGGGACUGCACUCAACUAUGUAUCUCUGAGAAUUCUGGGUGUUGGCCCUGACGAUCCUGACUUGGUACGAGCCCGGAACAUUCUUCACAAGAAAGGUGGUGCUGUGGCCAUCCCCUCCUGGGGGAAGUUCUGGUUGGCUGUCCUGAAUGUUUAUAGCUGGGAAGGCCUCAACACUCUGUUCCCGGAGAUGUGGCUGUUUCCUGACUGGAUGCCUGCACAUCCCUCCACACUCUGGUGCCACUGCCGACAGGUCUAUCUGCCCAUGAGCUACUGCUAUGCCAUCCGGCUGAGCGCUAAGGAGGACCCACUGGUCCAGAGCCUCCGUCAGGAGCUCUACGUGGAGGACUACGCUAGCAUCGACUGGCCGGCGCAGAGGAACAACGUGUGCCCUGAUGAUCUGUACACGCCGCACAGCUGGCUGCUCCGUGUGGUGUACGUGUUACUCAACCUGUACGAGGGCCACCACAGCACCAGCUUGCGGGAGCGGGCCAUCCAGAAGCUGUACGAGCACAUCGUGGCCGAUGACUGCUUCUCCAAGUACAUUAGCAUUGGCCCGAUCUCAAAAACCAUCAACAUGCUUGUGCGCUGGUACGUGGAUGGGCCAGACUCCUCUGCCUUCCAGGAGCACAUCUCCAGGAUUCCUGAUUACCUCUGGCUGGGUCUCGAUGGCAUGAAAAUGCAGGGCACCAACGGCUCACAGGUGUGGGACACCUCAUUUGCCAUCCAGGCUCUGCUAGAGGCGGGGGCACAGCACAGGCCCGAGUUUUCGUCCUCCCUGCAGGAGGCACAUGAGUUUAUCCGGAUCUCACAGGUGCUAGACAGCCCCCCUGACUACCAGAAGUACUACCGCCAGAUGAGCAAGGGUGGCUUCCCCUUCAGCACGCUGGAUUGUGGCUGGAUUGUUACUGACUGCACAGCUGAGGCCUUGAAGUCCAUCCUUCUCCUGCAAGAACAGUGUCCCUUUGUCACCAAGCAUGUUGCACGAGAGCAGAUCUAUGAUGCUGUUGCCGUGUUGCUGGACAUGAGAAAUCCUGAUGGAGGGUUUGCCACCUAUGAGACUAAGCGUGGGGGCUACUUGCUGGAGCUGUUGAACCCCUCGGAGGUCUUUGGGGACAUCAUGAUUGACUACACAUAUGUGGAGUGCACCUCAGCUGUGAUGCAGGCACUGAAACUUUUCCAUGAGCGUUUCCCGGACCACAGGGCCAGGGAGAUCCGGGAGACGCUUGAGCAGGGCCUGGAGUUCUGUCGGCAGAAGCAGCGGGCUGACGGCUCCUGGGAAGGCUCCUGGGGAGUUUGCUUCACCUACGGCACCUGGUUUGGGCUGGAGGCUUUCGCCUGCAUGGGGCAGACUUAUAGCAGCGGGGCUGUGUGUGCGGCGGUCUCCCAGGCCUGUGACUUCCUGCUAUCCCAGCAGAUGGUGGAUGGGGGCUGGGGGGAAGACUUUGAGUCCUGCGAGCAGCGGCGUUACAUACAGAGUGCCACGUCCCAGAUCCACAACACAUCCUGGGCCUUGAUGGGGCUCAUGGCCGUCAGGCAUCCCUGCGUAGAGGCCCUGGAGAAGGGAGUCCGGUGUCUGCUUGGAAAACAGCUCCCCAAUGGCGACUGGCCCCAGGAGAACAUCCCUGGCGUCUUCAACAAGUCGUGUGUCAUCAACUACAGCAGCUACAGGAACAUCUUCCCCAUCUGGGCCCUUGGCCGCUUCUCCCACCUGUACCCUGAGAGUGCCCUUGCUGGCCGCCCUUGA